AUGAGCACGAAAGAUACCAGCGGGCAGUCUGGAUACGCCAAUGAUAUUCGAAAGCUGGGAGAGCAGACAGCCCACGUGAGUGAACAGGUUUUAGUGCAGCAGGAACGCCAACGACUGGGCGCAUUAGAAGAACUACAUCAGAGCAUUAUACAGAUCGCCGAGGAGAACAGCUUUGUCACGCCGAUAAAGAAAGACGCUGCGAAUGUUCACAUUGACCCCCGCGGUAUUGCAGUAUCAGUGCAACAGUUUAAGCAGCUUGCCGAGGUCCUGAAGGUCACGCAUCUGGAACAAGAGACGCUGGACAAUUUUCUGCGCUACACCAUAUCUGACAACGAUCAACUGCUGGACAUAAAGUCCGUGGCCGAUUCGAGGUACGCAAGGUUGGCCGAAGAGGUGUGCCAGCUGGAACAAGAGGAACUGCGACAUUUGGAGAACGAAAUCAUUUCGCUGAACGGCAAUAUUACAGAGCAGACGACUAAAGUGAUUGACGCGAACGAAAAAGUGAAAGAGGAAUGUCUAGAGGUGAGCAACGGCAUUGAACGAUGCUGGGGACUGCUAAAUGAGUUGGAGACUUUACGCAGCACGACGGAUGAAGGCAACGUUGAGCUCGGCCCAUUAGAAGAAACCUACCAGAAGUGGAAGUCCGUGGAUCACUUCCUGCAACAAAAGCUUCAUCUAAAAGAACAACUGCGAGUGCUGGAGGAUACACGGAAGUCUUUGUCGGAAGUCACAAAGUCUUCCGGUAACCGCGCCCCGGAUUUAGAUGCGUCUGAGAAGUUCGUCACGUACCGGUUACUUGAUAGCAUGUGGAAAAAACAAUUCGUCGAUACUACGAAGAUAAGAGACCUGGAGCUAUAUCCGCGGACUGGGAAAAUACAGUUUCAGGUCGCUGAUACGAUAUAUGUGCUUGCUAUUUCUGGCGACCAAAUCUCCAAUAUCCAGCUCUUCAACGACAAGCUCCCUGCAGCCGAUCUUGAAAAUAAUACGCAGGAUCUCAAUAAACGGUUCUUGGGUACAUCGGAUGUGCGGCGCGUCGUGGACUUCAUAACCCACCAACAAGCAGUACCGCAGGCCCAGGUCCAUUGA